AUGGAACCGGAGCCGGAGCACGAGACGGAGCGGCGGGAACGCGGAAUUCUGAUGUUCUCGAUUCGAAAUCUCUACUGGGACAUUGCACGGCGUCGUCGACGCAUUCGUCUGAAUGCUCAACGACUCAGAGUUCCGAAUCCAUUUCCAACGGGCAUCUACCGUAUCCCGGAUGCUCAACUGGAUGGAGCAAGUAUGGAACAAUUGCUGGAGAUCAAGAAUGAUCUUCAGAAGUCCCAAUCGGAGAUUAUGGAGAAGCAACAGGAGUAUCAAACGGAGCCUCUAGAACGGUUCGUGGAUCCAAGUGGACUUCAAUGGGAGAUUCAGGAGUUCAAACGACGGACGAUUGCAAGGAUUGGAAGAUGGUUUGGGAGAUAA